AUGUUCCUGUUGACAUGGCUGUGGCCCGGCAAGCGCAGUGUGGAAGACGAGGGGAAUGAAGUCAAGCAAGGCAAGAUAGCCAUCGGAGUCAGGUCUUCACAGAUCAUCUAUAUCCCCGGACUGAAAGGGUCAUCAAAGCCAGCAAACUCCGUGCCAGUCACCGAGCAAUGGCAAUCAAAGAAGUCAAGAGCGGUUGGCAUCCUUUUCGCCAAAGACAGCCCUUCGGAGAGGAAAAUGAGAAACGAAAAUCAGACCGCUGAAGAUGUCUCCGGGGCGUCGACACCGGCACCACUCGCCGUGCCAAUGAAGGUAGAAAUCUCUGAGAGGGAAUCAAUCGCCAUAGGUGGUAUUACCAAGUUAGCCCUUAUCGCGGCAGAUUUUGGGCUAGGGGACUUUUGUGCAAUGGUUGGCGACAGCGAGUGGCUUCUUCCGGCGCUGAAGGGCCCCCUGAAGCACUACACCGUCGAGCAGCUGCAGGCAGUGUUCACGGCACCGGACCCCGAUGCCUGGCCGACAGCACCACUGCACACGCAGUUGCCCGACAUGCACAGGAUUGGCGACUCGCUUUAUGGCUGCGAUGUCCUCCUGUCGACAUGUGAGCACUCUCACAGAAUUCCCGCAUCCAGCAGGUCGCCUCGAGCAGGCCAAGCGGAAAAGGUCAACCCAGAACUACCAGAUGAUGACGAAGAUGAGUUCAGCUCUGGUUUCGAGGACGAAGCGCAGAAACCCCAACUGCGUUGGCGUUGGAGUGAAAGGAUGGAACUGUGGCACCACAGACCCUGUUCAGACUCUCACACUCCGGUACAGGCACCUGACCGGGUGUCUGGAAGUAUUCCUUGUGCGGGCCAUGGUGGUCGUGCUGGGACGCUCGCCAGCUAUUCGACAGCAGGCCGGAGCGAGCUGCGAGCUCUGCUGCCCCACAAUCAGCUCUCGACCGACGACUUUGCCGGCUGGCUGGUUCUGCAGACCAACGUGGCUCUUAAAGGUAUCCUUGGCAUUAAAGCCAUAGCCGGGCUUGCAGAACUCACGGAGAACUACGCAGAUGCGAAAUGUGACUGGAGGUGCCGCUUGAUUUUUCAUCGCAAGAGAGACACUCUCUCCCCUCGUACCGCUCUCGUCAAUGAAAUGGGCUAUAACCACCAAGACAUACCUAAUGCUGGUAGAGAUCAACUCAACGCCAGCUGUUGGGGAGAAUCCUGGAAGGGUCCCGACCCGGCACCACUGUUGGCACGGAAAUCAACUAGACGACUUGAGCGCCCUUGA